UGUCACUGAUGAAUUAGCGGUGAGGGAGUUAGCCAUGUGUGACGAUGUUGUGGCAUUUGCUGAGAGUGAGGACACGAGUUCCUUGCUCCAAGACGUGCUUGCUUUUCUAGACAAUUGCGAAGAUGCCAGCGAUGUCGGCCUUUUACCUGGUGGAUCCAGUUCACCCGGCAGUACCCAGAGUUUUUCAUCAGGUCCAGUCAAGAAGAGAUAUGGUAAGGAGCAUUCGGCAGAAUACGACAGACGCCGUCGGGAGAAGAAGAAAGCAGAACGGGAAGCGUUAAGGAACCAGGUAGUGCAAUACGAGGCUCAGCUGGAGCUUCUGCGCCUUCAGAAACCUGGUAAUACACAGGAAAACAAGAAAUGGGGGUGGAUCCAUGCUGCGACGAUGGAAGAAGAAAAGCGACACAAGGCUGAAGAGCUCAAUCGACAAUUGAAGGGACUGCUCUUCCAGCAGUUGAAUACUGCGCAGAUACUCCGUAAUUUUAUUGCUGGGCAGUCGACGUUGACUGAGCACGUUCAGUCCGUUAUGGGAGGUAGAGCACCGUGUCCAGUUCCGAUGCCGACGGGUUCUUUUGCCGGCCUUGGAGACAUCGCGAUGUAUCUGAAAGGUGUGUUCAAGCACAUUCAAGCUUCAUCGGACUAUGUGUUUGCAUCGUCCCCUCUCUUCUCGGAAGCGAAUUCAUCGGACGCACUAAUGAGCAUGUGCUCGAUUAAGCACCGAGAUCCGAUAGCUGGGUCGUGUAUUGAGCUACUGAGCUCAACACCACUAGAUUGUGGUUACGACGUUGCUGUGCCAAUGCUGUGGGAAAUGCUGCUUACUCGGCAGAUAUUCGGACCAGAAGCAGUACAUUAUGAACAAAAGUCGAAGCAUCUGACGGCGAAUUCAGCAGAAAUAGGCUAUACAUUUAGCUUUGGAGCCCCAGAUGAACCGACAGCCUUAAACGGUGUCACGCUCAUGGGGAAAUUCGAGAAGGAGGGAAGCGCUUUAUUGGUUUGGACUUCCAUGCUUGUUCAACGUAACGGACUGCCAUCUAUGAGGUCACAAGGGUGGAUAUCGAUCACGAGACCGCUAAAUCGACUGCAUAAAGGGACCGUAGUGCGAAUGUGCAGCCGUCUCUCGGGUAGGCACUUCGGAGUUCCAGGAGGAUACACAGACGUGAAUAUCACAGUAGCCAAGAAGCAUCAGCUGCUCGUAAAAUCGAGAAUCGAGCGUGUCCAGCAUAGAAUGGUAGAUCUUGCCGAGCUGCAGAAGUAGUGAUUUAAGUCGAUACUGUCGACCCAACAAAGCGGGAUUGGCUAACUAUCGUUUUCAACUCAAAACU